CCCACAGAGUUGCCAUGCAUGAGUUAUCUCGCUCUCCGUCUCUACAGUAACCCCCCCGCAGCCGACCAGAUCUCUCGCCGCCGCCGAUCCCAACGAAACCCCCCAAAACCAGCUCCCGGCGGCCACAUGGAAGCCCUCUUCAUAAUUCCGCUGGGCUCCGACUCUCCCGCCAAGGCGGAGCACUUCGUGAUCAGCAUCGACGGCCCUGCCUCUCCGGUGCUCGGAGAUCCUAGCACCGGCAUUGACGCCUCCGCUGUGGCAGAUCGGAGGGAGGUGCAGGCUGUGCAGCUGCCCGAGGAGCUUCGGCGAAAGGUGGUGAAGCUCUCGUGCGAGUCGACGGCGGAAGGGGGAAGUUGCGUCGUUUACUUGGUUGGAACCGCUCACGUUUCUCAGGAAUCAUGCCAAGAAGUUAAAGCUGUAAUCGGCUUUUCAAAACCACAGGUUGUUUUCUUGGAACUAUGCCCCAGUCGUAAGGCUGUACUUUUUCCUCAGAAUUUAAAGGUACCAACCAUGAGAGAUAUGGUGGAGAUGUGGAAGGCACAGCACGAUAUAUUUGGAAUCCUGUACAGCUGGUUUCUGGCCAAGGUUGCCAGCAAGCUUGAGGUAUGCCCUGGUUCUGAGUUUCGGGUGGCAUGUGAAGAAGCACUCAAGUAUGAUGACAACGUGCAAGUGAAAUUUGGCGAUCGCCCGGUACAAAUUACUUUACAAAGGACAUGGGCAAAGAUGCCACUUUGGCAUAAGAUAAAAUUACUUUAUUCCGUGGUUUUCCAAGCAUUCUUUUUACCAAGCUCUGAAGAUCUCAAUAAAAUGCUGAAGGAAAUGGAUGAUGUCGAUAUGUUGACUCGUGUGAUUCAACAUAUGAGCGAGCAAUUCCCCACUCUCAUGGAAACCCUUGUAUAUGAGCGAGAUCAGUACAUGUCAGCAACUUUAUUAGAAGUUGCUCGUACGCACAGUUCAAUUGUUGCAGUUGUCGGAAAGGGGCACCUGGAGGGAAUAAAGAAGUACUGGAAGCAAUCUGUUGAGCUGGAGCACCUUUGGCAUGUAGAUAGGACUUCACGGAGGCUGGCUAUUUCAGCAGUGAAGCUCCUCACAACUGUAGGAGUGGCAGCUGCUGGUGUGGCCAUAAUUUCUGGCCUUCGCGUAGGCUGGUUCUUUUAGCGGCAAAGCUCCUCACUCUGUACUCCUUACUCAUGAUAUAUCUGCAGUAUGGAAGUAACAUGAAUAGCUCACCACAUAAAAUGAAAGUGUAUGUAUGUACACACAGAUUGCACAGGGUUAUAGCUCCUGACAGGUCUAGCUACCAGGACUUCUGGCUCGAUGCUCAAGGUUAAGGGGAGGGAGAGACAAAACUACCGGGUGUUGGUUUAAUUUUUAAAUACAUGAUUUUCUCGCUUAAUAUCUGGGGUUCAAGGUUCCAUAGCUUGUUGGCGGGGACUAAAAUUACUUUUUAGUGCCCAGAAAAUGAGGAGGGGCCUAUGUUUCAAUGUCGUGAUAAGUGCAGUCACCCCUGUAGAUGAGUGUGUGUGGUGCUGAUGGUAAUACCCUGUGGAAUCAUACAUCCAUUUUUUCAUAACAAA